UGACCUAAGUGAUGAGACGGGAGCUGGAGAGAUUGAGGGAGUUAUUCCAAGUACCUGGCUCACAAUGACCAAGCUGAAAACGAUAGAUCUGUCGGGUCACUCCAAGUUCUGCAAGGACUGGCACAGGAUUGUGUCGUACAAGAUUAUGGCCAACUACAACAUCCGCGGUGGACACGCCGGGUGGACAUUUCCGUACAAGGAUGGGCAUGGUCCCAGCCGACAGGGUGUGACCAUUACCGAGCUAAAUGCGUUUGGAUGGCAGUGGUACGACGACAGGAAUGGCGAGGCCGGCUACACGCGUGUUAUUGCAC